AUGCCGUCCUGCCUUGCUGUCAUCAUCAUCUCCCUGCUGCUGAUCCUGAUGGCUUCCCCAUGCUGGAGCUAUGAGGCCAUCGGGCCUGGCUGCCAUCUGCACCCAUUUGAUGUAACCAUCAAGAGCGACCGCCGUGGGACCUGCCGUGGGACCCAUGUGGUUCAGGCCUGUGUGGGCUACUGCGAAUCCAGUGCCUUCCCCUCCAAGUACUCCGUCCUGCUGGCCAGCAGCUUCAAACACAACAUCACCUCUGUGUCCCAGUGCUGCACCAUCAGCAAGAUGCAGAAGAUCAAAGUCCGCCUGCAUUGCCGGGCCGUCCGCCACGAAGAGAUAGAGAUCUUCACUGCCAAGAGCUGCCAGUGCGACAUGUGCCGCCUCUCCCGAUACUGA